GUACCCAAGAGACUCAAGAAUUUUGUUUAUUAUGACAUAUAAAGGCUGAAACAUUUAAUGACAUCACAAACGAUAAACAACUUUCAGUGUGAUUUGCAAUAUUAUUGAAGAUAUUUUUUGGGGAUAAUAUUUAAAAAAGGAUUAUUUUGCAAAACAUUAAAAAAUCAGCAUUAUAACGCUGUUACAGGAGUCUAAUGGAAGAAAUGAGAAAUGAGUCCAAAAAUACUUUAUACCGGAAAACAUUAUCAUUCUGACAGGGAUGGUCACCUUAAACAGGAAAACGUUUACCUCAGACUGUACAAGUCAAAAGGAAAAGAAAAAGAAUAUUCAAUUAAAGUUGGACCAUUCAUACGAACCUUUAAGGAGGAGGAGUUCUGUUUCUUUGAACUAGAAGAGAUAGAAUUUAGUAUCCUGGAAGAGAAAUCCAAGAAAUCUAAACCUUUUGUUUGUCUGGGACAUAAGACAGAGGAAGAAGUGUAUGAAAACUUUGUGUGUUUGACGAUUGUUAUAUAUAAAGAUGAAAGUCCUGAUGGUUUGUUCCUGGGAUCAAACAGGAUUAAAUUGUUUGACAGAGUGGUGCCAGGGAAAAGUUCUCAGCUAAAAAAGUUAAACAUUAAACUUCAAAAAACAUUUGGUAAAGUGAUGAAGCAGUGGUUUAUGUACAGUGUAGAAAACAAUAACGAGCAGCCUGUCCGUGUUAUCUUAAGAAAGACAAACUUUUCUGUGUUGGAUAAUAAAUUAAAUGUUUUAAAUUACCAUCAGCUACGCAGUCUGGAAUUCAAAGAAAUUCUGGUUAAUCCAUUUUUGAGAUUAAUUAAUAUGAAGAUUGUAGAAAAAAGUCCCAGUGCAGAAAUUCAGCAUGUACAUUGUAUAAAUCUGAGAUCAUCCAUGUCUGGAGACGACAAGGGCUAUGAUUUCAGGACACAUCUUUGUCAUCAGCUACAAGAGAUCCAUCUACAAGAACAUAGUGUUGAAAUGACAAAUGAUCCGAGCCCAGAAGUGCUUAGAUGGCUGACAGAUCAAAAAACUCUAUCUGGUGGUAGUGAUCUUUCUGAAAUUUCAUCUUCUUGUAAUAUAGAGGGGUUAUCAUCAACAUGUGGUAUUCAUCUGCCACCACUGCCCUCUCCUCAUCACCAUCAAAAAAGUCAUGAAGCAGUGGAAAAUUCGGACGAUUCAAGUGAAGAUAACUUUGAGUUUGAUGAUGGGAAAGGAAGUUCUAUAUCAGAUAAAUCAUCAUCUUUCAAGGUUGAUUCAAAUUCUAUUACUGUUAGUGAUGAGGAAACCAUAAAUAGUGAAAUUUCAAAAACUAAUGGUCCCUUCACAGUAGGACAUACAACAUGGGACAACCCAAGUACAAUAUUACCCCCACCUACUCCUCAUGAUAGAACAAACAUUGGAGCAAUGGAGAAUUCAGAUGGGAAUACAUUGGUUAUUGUAAAUCAACGUGAUCCUGUUAAUCCUCCAACUUGUAAUUCACGACCUCCACAAGGUCAUUUGAUUAGGGCAGAAAGUGUGGAUGUUCUUUGUCCACACAAACAAAAUAACGAUUUGUGCAAUAAUGACCGACCAAAUAGAAAUAGUUGUUCAAGUGACGAUAGCGAAUAUCAAAGAAUUUAUUAUAAGAAUCUAGGCUGGGUAAGAUACUCAAAUAAUAGAGUGAGAAUUUUACAUCGUUUUCAUCGACAAAGACAUUUAGGAUUGAAUAUAACUGAUGUUGACUUUGAAGUUGUGAACAAACAUGAAAAGUGGUGGGAUAAUGAAUUUAAGAUGUGUGAAGAAGAUGACAUGUUCAUGAGAACUACCAGGAGUAAUGUAUGUCAAAAGACAGCAGUAUCAGAAACAGAAUACUGGAAUGGUGAUCUAUGCCUGACCGUACAGUUAUUGAUGGAAAGGAAAAGUCCCAAACUAUCAAUGGAUCUUGACCUGUCCUGGUCCCAGCUCUGUGCUGUAAUUAUACACCUCAGCUUAGACCAAAACCCUGCUUGUAUGAAGAAAGAUUGGAGAGACUUUGCUGAAAAGUUGGGUUUAAAGUGCAGAGACAUUGAAAUCAUACAGUAUUUUUGUUAUACACAAAGAGAAUGGCCUGCAAGAGUGGUUCUGUGUCAUUGGAAAUUGUUAUCAAGCAAAUACGAAAAUGCACGUGCAUUCAAUUUCUACAACUUACGAAAUUUUUUGAUGGAUCUUGGUCGUCAUGACAUUUUAAAAAUUGUGAAUUAUUCAGAAACAAACUGUUUUGAGAGAGUGUAUGAUGAUUGUUCUUCAAAUACAAAGUUGUGAAACUAGAAGAAAUAAUGAUCAUGAUGAAACAAGGUCUAAAAUGUGCUCAACUUUCAUUUUUAUUAUUAUGUCCCCUAUGUGAAUAAUGUUGUGAAGAGAGACAUCAGUGUUGCAUAUCAUUUAGCACUCGGAGUGUUAAGGUUUUUUGUGGAAAAUCAACAAAUACAUUGAAAAACAAAGGGGAGAUAAUUUGAUCACUUCAUUACAAAAUCAAAGGGGGAGAUAAUUUGAUCACUACAUUAACAAAACAUAGGGGGGAUAAUUUUAUCACUACAUUAAAAAAAAACAUAGGGGAGAUAAUUUGAUCACUACAAUAAAAAACAUAGGGGGGAUAAUUUGAUCACUACAUUAAAAAAACAAAGAAGAGAUAAUUCUCCAUUUUCAUCUUUUUUCAUAAUCAUUUAUUAGCCUUUAGAAACGAAGGUUACAAAUAGUCUGGAUUGAAGGAAAUUGCAAAGUAAACAUUGACCCGUGUAAAUCGUAGUAAUAACACUAAUUAACCCAUAUUCUCUAGAUCAUAUCAGUAGUAUACAAUGCUUUGCCGGGGGAUGUGAAUGAAUUCAAUACACUUACUGUGAAAGUACUUUUAUUCGUGGGGUACCAAUUUUCGUGGUUUUCGUGGAUGACUUUAUCCACGAAUUUUAGUGUCCAACGAAAUAAAACAAGCAUUGUCCAAAUCAAGACAUGGAAAGAUCCCCAUUGGUAGGUUAGACUACUGAUAUGAUCUAGAGAAUAUGGGUUAAUUAGUGUUAUUACUACGAUUUACAGGGGUCAAUGUUUACUUUGCAAUUUCCUUCAAUCCAGAAUAUUUGUAACCUUCGUUUCUAAAGGCUAAAGUCCAGUAAGAGGCCUUUUUGGCCUCAAAAUAUAGCAGUUUUACAAAAUUGAUAAAAUGUUACCUUUAAGUUAUUUAUUGAACAGUAGAGUGCUUCUGCUACAUAAAUAUGGCCUAUUUUUGACUAUACAAUGAACAUAUACAAGGUACUGGCACCUUAAAGACAUGCUAAAUUACUGAAUUCUUCAAAAUUCUAGCAUUUUAGUUAAUUUAUUGACGGUUUUCGUGUAAAAUGAAAGUGGCCGCCGCAUUCGUGUUAAUCCUUAAUAUUGAAAUGGAAGUUGUAUUGUAUGAUAAUACAUAUCAUAUAUAAAGAUUGAGGAUGAACACGGAUGCCACGUGGCCACUUUCAUUUUUGAUAAAAAUCAUCCGAAAAGUGACAUUUUUUGGCAUAUUUGGUUAAUUUUUCAUAUUUGAGCUUGAAUCGGAUCGUUUUUAAUGACGAAAUCAGUUCAAAUCUUUCACAUAAUCUAAUUGAUUCAUAUGAAAUAGACAUUUAAAAGUGUUUAAAAAGUGGUCAAAAUCUUUUGUCAGAUGAACUUGAAAUUUGGGGCCAAAAUCGGUCCUUACCGGACCUACUCCUUUUUUACUAAUUGAAAUGUGUAUUCCAAUUUGUUUGCUGGUAUUUAACCAUGCCUUCAAUUAAGUUACUUACAAGAGAAAACUUGUGGAACUGCCUCUUAUUGGUUAUGGGCUAGACAUAAGAAUUAGAGAACUUUGAAUUGUUUUAUUUUGUAAUUUAAGAAUUGUGGAAGAUGUGUAAAGUAAUUUUCAAUGGAGUUAUUUUUGAAUGAAAGUAAGUGGAAAAUGAGAGAGUGUCUGCUUUAUGAAUUUUAUCUGUAAAUUAAUUCUAAACAAAUGUAUGCAUGCUAUCCAAUGGAUAUUAAAAGAUGAAAGUAUUUUGAAUGGUUGUUUGAAAAUAUAUUUCUGUUAGAUAUUGUUGAUUUUGUAAAUAGCUAUUAACAAUGGUUGUAUUUAAGUUUUUCUUAUGAGAAAUAAAUAAAUUGUAUUCUUACUUGAGUAACUUGAAUAUAGUUUUGUUGUUGAUUUCUUAUUAUGAUAAUUGACAUUAAAAAAACAUGUCAAAUAAAUUUUGUGUU